CUCCGUCAUGAAGGGGGGACUUGAGCUUUGAGCCUGUCCAUGGCCAUAUGAGCUGGGCUCGGAUGUGCAAAUACCUUUUUUUUCUUUUUCACAACAAGGAUUUUGUUAUGGCUUUUGCAAUAGCCGUGGUGUUGCAAACAACGGUGGCAAAUGACAAUGGUGCUCAACAACAACAUCAUAGAUGAGUCAAUGGCGGUUAUUUUUUUUAACAUCACCUUUGUUGUAAAAAAAAUUCUGCAACAUCAUCAGCUAUGUUGCAAUGUGUUGAAGAGGCGAUGAUGUUUUUAUAACAUAAUCUCUGUUGCAAAGGUUUCUUUAACAUCACCUAUAUUGUGAAAUUUUCCACAAAAUCACUUUCAUCGCGAUUGUAAAAGACACUUGACCGCUUGAUGACGUCAGAUCCGACGGCUGGCGACCAGGCCACCGACGGACGUGCACGCCCUUGUUUUUUUGCAUGUGUUUUCGGACUGUAGCGAACCGGACCCGAGCUGGUCCUGGUCCGCGCCCAGCCACGACCGGACCGCACCGCACGGACGAGCCCCGCCAUGCUCCGCAUCCGGCAGCCGCGCGAGAACAAGGGCGCCGCCGCUCGACCCCAACGAUCCCGAGGAGGGCCUCUAGCGGCCACAGCCAGCCAGCGCGGCGGCCACCACGGGCCGUAUGACGCGAGGCACCAGCCGGCGGGGUCCCGGGCUCGGUCCGCCUCUCCUCCUCAAUCUCCUCGCCGGCGACACGCUCAACAGGGCACCUUCGUGCUCCUCUCGGGCCCCGCUGCGGUUGACUCCUCCGUCCUCUCCUUCCCCUCCCUCCCUCCCCACGUCGUGCGCGCCGCGCUGCAAGCUCUGGGUAACACGAGGCGACCAGGGGCCCGCCGCCGCGCGCCGCUGCCAUCACGACGGGCACAAUCUCCCGCGGCCAGAGCAAGCGAGAGGCGUCAGGAGGCCGGAAUGGAGUCGAAGUCGUCGGCGGCGGCAGGGCCCGCCCCGGACGGCCUCUCGCUGGACUCGAUCGAGUAGUAUUAAAGGGGGGAGGGGGAAUGUCGCGGAGGGGAAGACAAACGUGCUGCAGGGGAGGUACCAGGUGGGGCGGGUGCUGGGACUCGUCCGCGGCGGCGGUCUUCGCCCGGAUCUCCGCACCGGCCGCCUCCAGUUGGGGGCCUUCAUCGUGCUCUGCGGCCUCACCCACCUGCUCGCCGCCUUCACCUACGAACCCCACCCUUUCGUGCUCGUCCUGCUGCUCACCGUCGCGAAGUGCCUCACCGCCAUCACGCUGCUCAGGCUCAUCCCGCAGCAGCGCAGCUGCUCCGCGUCAAGGGCCGCGAGAGCCUGCUCUAGAGCAAGGCCCACAAGCUCGAGAUCAUGAAGCAGCAGGAGGAGGCGAGCUGGCAUGUCCGGAUGCUCACCCAGGCAAGAAUUUGUGAAUUACGAGUUGAGGAGUCACGAGUUGGAGCCGAGGUUGAGACUCGUAGACUGACGGCGACUAGUCUACACUACUGCUUGACUGUCGACUGGUAAUGUAAGUACUCAACUUACAAUAUUCAACUACUAAUUUUAUAUGAAAUCUGCGAUACUUAUUUUGGGACGGGCAGUAUGGUGUACAAUAUUUUUAUAAAAUAAAUUGAAUCGAUCCUGGGGAGAAGCACAACAGUAGAGAAUAGUAAGGGAAGGAGCACAACGGCUGCUGGCAAUAUGAUGUUACCAUGUUGUCUAUAGCCAAGCUUAUAGCCAGCAAGUACAAUAAUUAGAUGUAUAUAAGUACUAUUUUUUUCGUCUCAAAAAAUGUCUUAAUUUUGUACUAAUUUUAGUACAAAGGAAUACUUUAUUGAUACAUGGCCCAUCUUCCUCUCUCACAAAGUCUAACAUGUGCUGCAGCCGGCUGUUAGUUUGUAGCCCGCUUCUCUUCUCUUCCUUAUUCUAUUUGAAGUCUUACACCCUGCCUAUGUCACCUUAUUAUACCAAAGAUGCCUUGGACGUUGUUGUUUUCUGCUAUGCAUGUUGCUAUUGAAAGGCUAGACUACAGAGUGGUUCUGGUUACAUAAUGUUACAACAACCGAUUAAUUUCUUCAGUUGAAAUAUGAGGGGUCUGAACUGCCCGGAUCGAUGCACUACGGUCAACGCCACGAUUGCCUCGUUUUCCUGUCAUAUUGUAUGUCUCCAAGAGACAAAACUUGACAAUGUCGAUCAGUUCAUGGCAGCCUUUUUGGGUGGGCAGAGACUGCGCAGUUUCGCACAAAGACCGGCAAAUGGCACUAGGGGAGGCAUUUUACUGCUCUGGGACGAUGCUCUUGUUGAUGUGUCCAACAUCACCUUCACAGCUUACUGUCUCUCCGCCAUGGUCGGGGUGCGAGGGACCGACGUACUCUUCAAGAUCACCUCCAUCUAUGGCCCCACAGACCCCGCUUGCAAAGAAGCUUUCUUUGCUGAGCUCCUAAGCCAGAAACCGCCAUCUGGAUUGGCUUGGCUUGCCACAGGAGAUUUCAACCAGAUUUAUAGGGCAAGAGACAAAAAUAAGAGGAAUGUAAACCGCAGCAGAAUUAACCGUUUC